GAAGCAGCCUUAUAGUUCCUCACAUCGAUCAUGAAAAUUCUACUUGUUUUUUUAUUUUUUUUUUUUUAGUACUGGACGGUUAUAUUAAAAGACCAUUUCUUCAGCUCAUCCAAAUUAUCCUGGUGCCAAAAUGAUUCGCGCCGCCAUGGUCGUGGACGACCCUGAUAUGGUGGCUCCGCUGCCAUACCUUAACUUCCUUCGCUUCCUGAAGCGGAACUUCUAUCCCAGGACUGAUUUGCGCCGCUUACUUCAGGUGGGGCUCAUCCGUUGGAUCGCACUUAGCGAUGCUAAGAAGAGGUUAUUUGAGCCAGAACGAAUCUUGGCCCGCGUGGCUCGCACGAAAAGGAAUAAACGACGCCGCCGAUUACUUCAUCGUUCUCGGCGUGGCCAGAAAGGACGUGGUGCAGUGCGACGCCCUAUCUACGACAACCGUCCUAAGACGCGACGCGUCAGAUCCUAAUAGAGUGAGCAUUGCAUUGCGAAAACAAAACUAUUCCAUUCUUAGGCGGUAAGCAAGGCAAGCUGAAGGCAAACACUGCAGAUAAAUGUAUUUUUUGGAUAAAUUUAUUAAAAAUAAAUAUAUAUGCUAAUAAAA